AGACUCACUCAUUAAAACUUAGCCAGAGCAGCAACACAUCCGUAUAAAAAAUGGCACAAGCUACGCGUCAGUCUUCUCUGGAAGGGAAGGUUGAGGCAGAUGUUUCGAUCAAAGCUUCGGCAAAGAAGUUCCACCAAAUGCUCGCUGGAAGACCUCAGGAUCUUGCGAAAGCCACUCCUGAUAGAGUCAAGGGAUGUACUUGUCGUGAGGGAGAGUUUGGCAAAGUUGGCAGUGUCAUUGUUUGGAACUAUGUUCUUGAUGGACAACCAAUGGUGGCGAAGGAGAGGAUCGAAGCAGUGGAUGAGGAGAAGAAUCUGUUAGUGCUCAGGGUAAUAGAUGGAGAUAUGAUGAAAGAGUUCAAGAGCUUCUUGAUCACUAUCCAGGCAAUCCCAAAUAUAAGAGGACCUGGAAGUGUGGUUAGCUGUCACUUCAAAUAUGAGAGGAUUGAAGAGAAGGUGGCUCAUCCAGAGAAUCUGCUCGCGUUGUUUGUCAAGACAUGCAAAGACAUGGACGAACUUCUUUUGUCCGAACUCUAGAGAACUUGUCAGAUAUCCAUCGCUAUCUAUCUAUCUAUCUAUAUAUGUUUGUGGGUGUAUUGUAAGAUGUCUCAAUAAUGUGAUCUCUCUAUGAAGAGAUAUAAUCUGCAGGUAUUGCAGAGUUUCUGUUACGUGCGUACGUUUGAAGUUGUAAGUAGUUGAAAACUGUAAUCUUCGUGUGUUGCUAUAAGUUUCGCCUAUAUAUACAUGUUAUGUUUUAA